GAACGAAUACCCUUGCCAAACAGGAAGUAGGCAAUAGGAAAUCUGUGAAAAGCAGGUGUUAGCAAGAAAUUAUCAAAAGAAACAACAGAGAAGAGCUCCGUUGGUGAUGCAUGUUGAGUACGGCUCAUGUUGUGGUCGCCAACUCGAAUUGUUAUGGAAAACUAUCUUCAUUGCAGAAGUAACAGACGAUGACACUCACAAUUCUACACCAUCUGGGAUACGGAAGAGGAGCGAGGAGAAAGAUACGACAACGACGAGCAAGCGACGAACGAAAAUAUCGACCUUGAGCGCUAGAUCUCAUACCAAGGAUCAGCCACAGCGGAUUGUCAAGGAGUGUCUUGCUCCUUUCAAUCGGUUGUCUCUGCUACUGUACCUUGCUAUUGUUGUUGUUUUACAUCAACGCUUUUGGACUUAGGGUAGUGCCGUGAGCGUCUUGCAUCACCUACCUCUCUUUUGGGAGGCCGCGUCUGCUCGCAUCGUCUUGAUGCUUGCUGGCC